GUUUAUUCAUUUAUUGCAAAGUAAUGUGUCAUGAAUUCCAUGACGAGGCUCUGUUUACCUUAGCUUUACAAUUAUUGAAUGGUAUUUUGGAAUAGAAGUGAAGUGAGUAACCUAGGCCGUUAUUAUACAAUUCGAACGCGCGUCAUUCUGGUAACACUGAAAAUACCGGCAGGAAUGAAGCAAGACAGGUUUUCAAUUUAAUGUUUGUACCUGUAAAGUGGAAAAGAUUUGUUUUCGUGUAAUCUCACCGAUGGUUUAAGCUAUAAAAUAUUCAUUUUCGCCGAGAAAUAUGACGAUAUGAAUAUACCAUUAGCUCAUUGGACCUACGCGAUUUUCUUCCUGUUUAUUUCUUCAGUUAGCGCGGAGAUAUCCUCCAAUGUUUCCGCCAAUAAUACCGAGCUCAUUCAAAAAUACAAACAAGAAAUAUGUCAGCUAAAGGAUACAUGCGAUGUUACAAAAGAAAUUCCAUCAACACUUCAAGAUUUAAGAACGAGGAAUUGCAUGUGCGAUGACAAAUGCUCUUUUUAUAAAGAUUGCUGUCGUGACACAAAUCAAACCAAAGAUGGCAUUGAAGUACAAUUUCUCUGCACUAAGACUCCAUUCGAUGGAGGUGUCUACAUGGUUCAAUCAUGUCCCAAGGAUUGGAAUGUCACAUCGAUCAAAGAGAACUGCCUAGCUCAAAAUCCUAUAACUCUGUCCUACGACAUUCUCCUAAAACUACCAGUAACCAGCACAUCAAAUGGAGUCACGUACGGUAAUGUGUUUUGCGCUAUUUGCAACGAAGAAACCAAAUAUGAUUUUUGGAACGUUGGUUUGACUUAUGAGUUCAUUGCCCCGACAGUUAAUGUUCACAAUUCCACCUCACUCAAUAUUAGUCACUAUAGCGUCGAUAGAUCCAUCGAUGUUAAAGAUAUACUCGAUAAACUGAGUUUUAACGAGACAGGAGAGAUGAUUUGGAGUUCAAACGUGAAUGAAUCAUUUUAUCAAUGCAAUUUACAAGCCAAAUUACCAUCUAGAAUAACUUCUCUGCGGUAUUGCGUGCCAGAUGUGAUACGAUCGUGUACAAAUGGUACCAUAUGCGAAGGGUAUUCUUCGUACGUUUAUGUCGGCGACACGGUUUACAAAAAUUUGGAAUGUGCUGAAUGCAACGACAUAAAGUCAGAAGAAUUAAAAGGAUGUUCUCAAACUACGAGUAAAAUACCCAACGAAAAUGUGACCGAAAUCCUUAUAACGGAUUCGGCUGUACCAAAAGUUCCUCAUUGCGAUGAUUUUCCAGUGAACACCCCAGCUCAUAACCUGAUUUGCAAGAAACAAGACCCCACACCUGAGGAGACUUCAACAGAAGAAUGCUACAUUUCGCAAAAAUCAAAGAAAACAUUCUGCUACAUCAGUAAAUAUUACUAUCUAACAAACGACGAAUUCUAUUACGUGAAUAACGAGACCGUUUUCAUUAAAGAAUACGAUUGGGAAUUUUCUGAGGUCGAUUGGGCAGCCUUAAACAAUACUACAAUAUUCGUUUGCGGUAGACAAAUUCCAAGGACCCGGUAUCAACGCGUCAUGAACUACAUAAAUGAAGUUAUCACUGAAAUACUCAUCAAAAUAUCCAUCGUCUGCGUAGUUCUCCACUUGGUGGCAUUCGCGCAAUUACCCGAAUUGCAAAAUUUAUCGGGUAAAAAUUUGGCAUCUUUUUGUGUAGCCUUAUUAGCAGCUUUUCUAUCGUUCGAUAUCGGACCUUGGCUACCAUCAUGCGAAAUACUCGCUAUCGUAGGGCACUACAGUUUUUUAAGCUGUUUCACUUGGAUGCUGAUAAUGUCUUACGAUGUUUGGCUCAGUUUAUAUAGAGCGACGGCCAAAUUUCGCACAUCAGGUGGAAAACACCAAAUGAAGUUUCUCAUUUACUCGAUACUUGCUUGGACAUUACCCUUAUUCGUAGUUGGUCCUGCUGUUUAUGUAGAAUUUGCCCCCGCAAACGUUGUAAAUUGCGACCUUAAGCCAGCCUAUGGUAGAUUUGACCAAUGCUUUAUUGCCCAAAAAAUGCCUUUAAUUUACUUCUUUUUCAUACCAGCCACGGUGAUAUUUUUCAUAAAUAUUUGCUUCUUCGCGCAUACAGCUUAUAUGAUUUACCUAAGCCAACGUAAAACCGUUAAUCCCAAUACACGACACGAUUUCCGACUGUACACAAGGUUGGGAUUGCUAAUGGGUCUGACGUGGACUUUAGGAUUUUUCGUUACUGUUACAAACAGCGAAAUUAUCGCACUUUUAUUCACUGUUUUUAAUAUGUCGCAAGGUAUUUUCAUAUUUUUCGGAUUCACUUUCAAAAGAAAAACUGCCAAAGGUUUAUUACAACGUCAUCGAGAUAACAAAUUCUUAAGCUCUACUUUUUCGACGUUCGUAUCAAACGCUGACAUGGCCACCGUUGUAUCCGAAACUACUCAGGUCCCCAGAACAACGCAAGUGGAUGUGUUGUAAAUACAUAAAAACUAAAAUCCAUGAAUUUGAGCGAGUGAAAUGGGUUACAGUGAGGGUAGGUAACAAUAAAGAAAAAAGAUUUUUAACUCUCCCUCCUUCCACGUGUUUUGUUUUGGCCUACAAGUAUAAUCCCCCACGAAGUUGUGUGUUGAAAAAAAUUGUCAACAAUACGAGAACGGGGGGGGGGAGGGGAUUUUAGAUAAUAUGUGCCUCGAGCGCGCGAGUUUCAGUACUUUUCGCAGGGGCUCAGCAGUGAGAAAUGUAAUGCGAGACUUCUCGUGGUUAGAUCUGUAUUUUGAAGCAAUAUUUUUUAAAAUGAUCUGAUGACAUUUUGAAGAAAAAUGCAGUACUUUUUUGUUGUUGAUAUAAAAGAUGCCAUACAAAAACUUGAACCUCAGUACUUAAUUUUUAAUAUGAUACACGAGUGCAUUGAGAAAAAGUUAUAUUAGAUAGGUAUUCUCAUUCGAUAAAAUAUCAGAUAAUACGAGUAGGUACUCAGUUUAAAAUUUUCAUUAACAUUUCCACUUCUGUAAUAGAAUGCAGUUAUACUUAAGUAUCUCUUUAUAAUCUCAAGGUCACUAUUUUGUUCAGUUUUUUACGAAAUUUUAUACGUGAUUCACAGACUCCGAUUUUGUACGUAUGCAAAUUACGUAUUUUUGAAGAUGUCUCAUAUAAACCUUCGACUAAUUUUGUUCUUUUUUGCACUAUUUUUAGGUACGUACCUAUCUAUGCGAAUGUAUCUUUUGUGGUAUUCUUUUUUAUACUAGUCAAUAAAUUAUGCUUUGUUUUGAAACUAUCUACAUAUUUUUACGAUAUUUUAUGAAUAUCAUUUUAAAAUCUCAAAUCGUUAUCAUCUAAGUAACAUUCUACUUAUUUUUACAUGUUUUAUGAGGAGAAAUAUAAAAUACUUACCUAGUUAUAGGUACAUAGAUAAGUACUUUUUUUUCUUUUUUUGUUUUGUUUUAUUUAAUGGAUAUAAUUACAUAUGAAAGCGCACAUAAAUGAAAAAUAAAUUAGGAAUUGUGAAAAAUCCGAUUCAAGAAAUUUUACAAAAUUGAAAAAAGACUGCUUCAUUUUUAUUUCAGGUUUUCAUUUAGACAAAAAUAAAAACACGAAAAAUUCGGUAGUCUUUGGGUACAAUUGCAUUCUUUGAAACAUAUGUAGUCAAGUGUGAGCUUCCAUGAUGAAAAUCAAAAAUUAAAAAUUCACAAGGAAACUUCGUCACUCAACAUACCUAGUCACCUUUGAUUGGGCACUCAUUUGUUUCAAUGAAAGUUCAAGUCAUCCACACUUCAAAACCAAAUUUUCAGCUGCCGAAGUUGAUUUUUCAAAUAUCGGUGAAUUUUUUGAAAAUGCCUGAAAUAGCUCAUUGACUGACGAGAUUUUCUUAGAAAUGGUAAUCCACGAGAUGAAAAUCUGAAAUUUGGUUUGGAUACUAAAGUCAACCUGCCGAAUUGAUUGCGACCAUUUUCGAGACGAUCUGGAGCCUCCAGCAGGGAUUAGUUUUUCUCCAGCACACUGGAAUCGCUCCAGGAAGUACUGUAAUUAACUUCGGCAGCUGAAAUUUCAAUCCUAUCAUAAGUUUGAUAUUCCCAAUCAAUUAGGACAGUCAAAUUGCGAAUCUGAGGUGACGAGGACACGAGUGUACUUUUUUACGAGUUGAAUAAUUAUCCCAUGUUUUUAGAAAAUUUGGUUCUGUGAGCGCUAUAAUCAACUACGACAUCUGAAAAUUUGGUUCUGAUAGUGUUGGUGACAUGAACUUUCAGUGUACCUAAUUUCAGCCAAAUCUAAGGAGACGAAUAGAUGAGGUUCCCUUAUUAGCAAAUCUACAUAAUUAUACUUCCCCUCUUCCGGAUAAAUUGUAUUUCCCUUUUAAUGAGAUGCUUUGCAGAAAAAAAUGCGGUAUUGUUUGAGAAACUAGUUCUGAUUUUUAAGAUACUGCUAAUACCUAAUACUCACAGGUGAGUAUGUGAUGUACAUACUUAACUUAAGCAUGUAUGUACCUAUCGGUUUCUUUACAGUUAUAUGUGUACAUGUAUAGAUACUAGUAAUCCGAUUACGAUUGAAAUCGCAAUCAUUGUUCUGCUAGGAAUUCAGAAUAUUUUCGAAAUUUUACCGUUUUUCAGCUUUAAUAGAUCUUAAAGUAUACCAUACCAAUACAAGUACAUUCGUAUACCUAA